AAUGGUGCCGGACAUCGAGCGCUGGCGUGUCAUCUUGGUCGUGGUGGUUGGAGACAGAGAAUCAGAUGUGGAUGAUCAAGCAGCCUCGCACGUACCCCUUACCGGCCCGGUCACCCACUGUGACAGUCACACAUGGAUUUCAACUCUGCCACUCUCUUCGACGACCUCUCGCGCCUCGUCGAGAAGGAUGGCGCCGGCAAUGAUCCAGCUACUACUCACAUUCUCGCGUCGGCACUCAUGGCCAAGCUCAAGGCCCUGAAUCGUGCUGCUAACCUCGCUACACGCCACACAAAAGACGCGACAGCUGCAGCUCGUCAUGACAUGGACCAGUCUCACCUGGGUCUGCAGAAUCUUCUUUAUGAAAAACGGCACCUAGAACGGGAGAUUGAAAAGUGUCGACAGUUUGCGUCGAUAUAUCAGGACGUCUCACUGUAUUCCCUUGAAGAAUUCAAGGAGCGUGCCCCUGAGGAAGCGAGGACAGAGGAAGUACUGGCUGACGAGCAUCAGCUCAUGUUAAACCGGCUGAGUUUCGAGCUGGUUGAGCGGCAGAGACUUGAUCAACGGAAAAAAGAGCUCAUACUCGCAAAGGAAGAGCUGCUGAAGGAAAGCAAGCAGAAACAAAUUACCAUGGACAAUAUCAAAACUCAAAUUGAUAAUCUCGUCAAGGUAGCAACAGAGACGCAGAAGAAGGUUGAAGAGCUUGCUCAAUCAAUACCUAAUCCCUCUAAUACACUUACGCCCAGUUGAUAUAUCCAU